AGGACGCGGGGCGGACACCGUGGGAAACAUUCCACCUCCAAAGCCACGGAAAAACGUCGUGUUUGUUUGGGACCAUUUCAUGACUUUGCUCUACAGACGUGUGACUGGAGGCGCAGCGUUGCUGGUGAAAGAACAACAAUGAACCCGCCGGACCUGCUGGACUUCAUCGUGGAUAAGGAGCUGCUGCAGACUUUUCACUGCAAAAAGAAUGAAAUCUCGUGCAUGGAGAACCCGCAGACCUUCCUCAGACAGCUCAGGGAUUACAACUUUGUCCCAGAGGACAGAUACGAGAAGGUGAGUCGCAUGAAAAGUAAAGAAAAGAUGAAAAAGAGCAUCUAUGAAAUCCUCGACUGGGUGGAGGAGAAUCGGUCCAAAGACAUCCGGCGAUUCUGGAAGUGUGUUUUCAUGGACGUCAUUGUGAACCACUACCCGACGAUGAAGAUGUUACACAGAAGCUUCUUGGACGGAUCUUACCGUUCAGGCACACAGUCGCCUGAAGCGGGAGAUACAAGCGAAAGGAGUCCGAGUUCAGAAAACGAGAAGAAGAAAACAAAGUUGGUAAAGAAGAAGAGGAAAAGGAAAAUUAUAGAGGAUGAAGAGCAGGAGGAAGCAGGUCCCUCGUCUCAGGUUACUCCCAGAAAAAAGAAAAAGACCAACAAAAUAAUUUACACUUCUCCUUUGAAAAGGGGAGAAAAAAGUGAAAUUUGGACCUGGCCUAUUUUUAGGACUCAGCUUCCUGUGACGUGUUUCGACAAGAAGGGAAUUUUACAUCGAGAAAAACUGGCCCAAGGAGAAAGAUGCAUCUUGGCUGAGAAACGGUGGCUCACCCCCAAUGAAUUUCAGAGGCUUGCCGGGAAGUUCGACCGCAGGAGCUGGAAAGCUACUAUUCGGUGCGAGGGAGAAACUAUGGAGAAACUCAUCAAGGAAGGCCACAUAAAAUUUAAACGCUGCAAAAUAACAACUGACAAGUCAAAACCAAGCCCGACGAUCAAGGAACCUUCCCUUUCCUUUCGCAAGUUGGUCACAGUGUGUUUAGAUUCAGAAGAAGAAGAAGAAGAAGAAAAAGAAGAAACGGCUGAGGAGGCCAGCAGCGAGGCUGAAGAGGCUGAGCCAUCACCAGAUCGUCUCAGUGAUGGAUCCCAGAAAGUCUUCAGUGUUACAUGUGGAUCUUUAACUGGAAAAUUACACAAGGAACGAUUCGCUACAGGGUUUUGUGGGAAAAGUAUUCGCACUGAGACAAGCUGGAUGACCCCAAAGGACUUUGCAACAGCGGGGUCAGGUCAGACGGAGGCUUUAUGGAAGAGAGACAUUCAGUGGGAGGGAAAACCACUCAACGAUCUCAUUAUGAACAAAAUGUUGCAUAUCCACUCGGUGAACUGUGAUUGCAAAUGUUGCAAGCCAGAGGAAAAUGAACUGGUUGAUCAGGAAAACGACGACGAGUGCUGGGCCUGUAAAAGCGAGAACGGUGAAGUUCUGGUGCCGUGCGAUUUUUGUCCCCGAGCCUUCCACCAGAACUGUCACCUGCCGCAUGUCGAAGACAGUCAGCUGGGAGACGAAAGACAGUGGAAAUGCACAUUCUGUAUGUUCGAAAGUUCUCAAGACCGCCGUGCUCCAGUGGACAGGAAUACAGUCAUGUCCUACCAGAUGCCUCAGCACACACAGGAAUGCCACUAUCUCGUCCUGUCGUUGCGCAAUGCCGAUGAGAAGCGAGCGUUUGCUGCAGACCCACGUCUCCACUUGAAAAAUUAUUCCUCCUUCGUCACAAAUCCCAUGUGGCUGUGCAAAGUAGCAGAUAAACUCCAGAAGCAGGAAUACCAGACCGUUGGCCAGUUUGUGUCUGAUGUCCAACUCAUUUUCACCAACUGUGCUACAUACCACACGAGUGACGAGGACGUCCGUGCCAUGGGUGAAAAAUUAAAACAGCUAUUUGAAAAACAAUUUAUGACAGCCUUUAAUGUCAAUGAAUAGAAUGCUAACUAAACCAAAACGUAGUCAUUAUGAUGCACAGUAUUGGGCAGCGAGCCGUCCACCCGAGCAGUCCAAAGUAGAUUGAGAUUUCAUGCCUUAUCGCCGUCUCAUUUUGGUUAAACCCAUCUUUUUUUAACCAGAACUUGUGAUAUGUCUUACCCAAAUUCUGCAACAUAACUCAUUUUUGAAGUGUAGUUUUUUUUUUUUUUUUUUUUUAAUUGAUUUACUAAACAUUUUCUCCAGUGUUUGAUCCAACUUAUACCCCUUUCACACUGACGUCCUGAGUCCACCGAGCUCCAUAUUGCGGAUUGAUCUGGGACUGUUCUGCUUUAACCCUACACCAUCCAGCCCGCAGCAGGAAAAUUAAACAUGUAUAAUAUUUUGAAAAGUAGCUUGAAACUGUCUCGGAAAGCUUUGGACUGUGGCAUAUUGAUUUUGCAGCUCGUUUCAUAAAGUCCUGUACCAGUCAGUCGGCCUUCUUCAGCAGUAUGUCAUGCAUUCUGACUGGGGUUACGGACACAGUCGUGCACUGCAGUCAGCCGCCCCGGACCCCGGCAGACUCGGUGUGAAAGGGGGGGAUUUGGAUCACAGGUUGGGAUUUCUGGAUUUGGGGCGGCUGUGAAUCGGGAGGUUUGUGGUUCGACUCUCCAUCUCUUCCAUCGAUGGGUCAAACUGUCCUUGCAUGGCUGCCGCCUCCACUCGUGUGAAUGUGAUAAUACGGUUUGAAGUGCUUUGGACUGUGUUCAUGUGGGGUAAAAAAGUGCUAAAUAAAUGUAUUCCAUUUACUAUAGUAUUCAUCCUUACUGUGCAGUUACACUUCAUACUCAUUUUACAAUUUCAUGGAAACUAUCAAACUAAUCACAGAAGCAUUUGACAUCUGAGUCAACAGCCCAAAAAUCUAAAGUAUGACGGGUUAUGAAAGAGGUACGAGUACAGGAGUAUUUUUAUAGCCUCCUGUGACCGUGUACAUUGUGUGAUAUGUUCACACACUAAACGUGCAAUGCAAACAGAAUGUAGCAGAUGUGGUGAACACAUCUUGUGUUCCAAACUUGUAGAAUUUGAAAGUAACUUGUUGCUUAAAUGUUGCUCCCCUAUUGUGUCAUUUUUCUGAGAUUAUAAUGCAGCCUCUCUACAAAUAUUACAGAAAUUGAGAGUUUUAUGUGUCAGUAGUAAAUUGUCUCGGUGUAUAAAGUCAUUUGUACUUUACUGUCUCCUUUUUAAUAAAAACAUUUGAU